AUGUGUGGUGCUACUUUUUAUCGUGCAUUACCAUAUUUUUAUGCUUUCAUUUGCAUUCUCGAGUUCAUUUCUGCCAUUGUGGUGUUAUUUGCACUGACAGGAAACUGGCCAUCAUCCGAUGGAAAUACAGUCACAACAACACCAGGAACAUCGACAGCAACUACAACUGUUUCAUUAGUAGGAAUGACAAAGCUCUUAAUUGCUGUGUACCUAGCUUUCAUAGGCUCUAUUGUACCCGUCUUUACUGGACUCAUUGUACUCCUUUCCAUGUUUGUUUGUUGCAUCUGUGUUGUGAAAAAGAAUUGGCGACGUCCAUUUCUCAGAUUUGUAGUCUUAAACUGUACUUGCCCAUGCUAUAUACCUCGACCAAAAUUAAGAUUCACAGUUCGAAUCGGCUUUCAUAUAAUUUGUAUUGCACUUCGGAUAGCUGGUGUGAUCAUGUACGGACUAAUAAUGACUGAGUCAUUAACAUCUUCUGACAGAACCGUUUUACAAGCGUUGCUAAUUAUUACUGCAGCUUCCUUAAUAUUUCCAUUUUUAACAAUUAUACUUGAUAUCUAUCACUAUCGAGUAUGGUGGGCAUACAAACCAGAUGUUGAUAUAUCGCCAGAUAUUGCUAAAAAACCAUUGUCUCAUAAGCAUAAGCGAUAUAUUCCAUACGUACUUACCGAACGUUUUCGAACGACUGCGUUUGGUAACAGAAAAUGCAAAUACGGUAAUCGUUGCCAAGGACGAGAAUUAGAGCAUGUUGUUAUGUUCCACUCGACGGAGUACAAACCACAACCAAGAUGGUCGAAUAAAUAUCCAAUUUAUAUCGGUUUUCAUCGAACAACACCUCAAGCAGCUGUUAGUAUUGCCAAGAGUGAGUUCAGAGGUAGUCUAAAGGGCAUGUUGGGACCUGGUGCGUACUUUGCUCGAUCCACUGACGCAACUUUGAGUAAAAUUGGUAAAGCAGAUCAGAUCGGUGCUUGGUUCGUUGCCAAAAUAUCGAUGGGUAAAGUGUUCGAAGUAGACGAAGAUUCAAUUCGUUCACGCUCGAACAACAAUGUUGAACCUGUGCUACAGCCAUUUGUUCAAAACGGUGAAUGGCAUGCUGAGUAUGACACCUGUUAUUUCAAACAUCAUAUUGAGAGUAAAGAUGAAUUUUGUAUCAAAGAUCCUGAAAAACAAAUUUUAAAAUGGGUUGUCGUCAUCGAACCACCUCAUGAUAGAAAAAUUUCUGCAUAUGGAUUAGAUACUGAACUCAAUUCAGGCCCGUGUGGCUUUUGUUAA